AUGGUAUCCGCUUCGGCUGCGGCCUCGUCCGGCGGCCACGACUACUAUGCGACGCUCCCCAACAACACGAACCGCAGCUGGAUCCGGGACAAGGGUCUCCGCCGGCUGAACUUCGGCGUCGUGCUCAUGUUCGCGUCGGCCGCUGCCAACGGGUACGACGGUGCCCUGAUGAACGGCCUGUUGACCAUCCCCAUGUACUCCAAAAACAUCGGCGAACACAUCAGCUCCAACCUGCAGGGCCUGGUCAUCUCGGCGGUCUCGCUCGGCGGCACCCCGACCUUCAUCCCGGCCUCGUACUUCGCGGACCACUUUGGCCGCAAAUGGUGCGUCGGCGUCGGGUCGGCCAUCAUGGUCAUCGCCAGCAUCGUCCAGACCGCCACCGAGGGCCGAUGGGCCUUCUUCGGCACGCGUCUCGCCAUCGGCAUCGGGCUGGGCUUCGCGCAGACCGCGGCUCCGCCGCUGACCACCGAGAUUGCCCAUCCUCGCCACCGCGGCACCGUCACGGCCAUCUUCCAGGCCACCUGGCACUGGGGUGCGAUUCUCGCCGCCUCCGUCUCCCUGGGCUCUCUGUACAUCGGCGACAACACCACCUGGUCCUGGAGGGUGCCCUGUCUCUUCCAGAUCGUCUUCCCCGGCAUCCAAUUGCUGGGUCUGUUAGUCAUCCCGGAGAGUCCGCGUUGGCUCAUCUCCAAGGAUAGACAGGAGGAGGCCCUGCAGAUUCUCGCUCGGUACCAUGCCAACGGCGACACGUCCGAUCCCCUCGUCCAGUAUGAAUUCCGGGAGAUCUGUGAGGCCAUCGAGUUGGAGAGUGCCUCUGCCCACAAGAGUGGUUGGUCCUCGUUCGUGGAGACCAAGGGGGCGCUCCAUCGUCUGGCCAUUUGCAUCCUGGUCGGCUUCAUGAUCCAGUGGGCCGGGAAUGGCGUCGUCUCGUACUACCUCGCCCCCAUCCUCAAAUCCGUCGGCAUCACCGUGGCCAGCGAACAGGCCGGCAUCAACCUCGGCCUCCAAGCCUGGAACGCCAUCUGCUCGGCCAUCGGCGCCCUCGCCGCAGAAAGAUACGGCCGCCGUCCCCUCUGGAUGCUCUCGACGGUCCUGAUGUUCAUCUUCUUCUCCAUCGUCACCGCCCUCUCCGCCGUCUUCUCCGAACUCCACAUCACAGCCGCCGGCAGCGCAACAGUCGCCUUCCUCUUCCUCUUCUUCGGCUCCUACGACAUCGCCUACACCCCUCUCUCCAUCGCGUACCCGGUCGAAAUCCUCCCCUUCUACCUCCGUACAAAGGGUCUGUCGCUCAGUCUGACCGUGCAGUUCGCGGCGGGCUUCUUCAACCAGUUCGUUAACCCCAUCGCCCUGGACGCCAUCGCGUGGAAGUUCUACUUCGUCUACGUCGGUUUGCUGGCUCUCUUCUUCAUUAUUAUCUGGUUCGUCUUUCCCGAGACGAAGGGUCAUACGCUUGAGGAGAUUGCGGUUAUCUUUGACGGUCCGUCGGCGGAGACGGAGACGAGACGUGACCUUGCUGCUAUUAUGUCUGCCGAUAUGGAUCACAAGGCGCCUACUAAGGAGGAGCUGGAGCAUGCUUAA